ACCAAACCUUCACUUCCCAUCCCUCAAUCUCAUCCUUGACAUGUCGUCUGCUCCAGUUCCGGAAAUCGCCUGGUUUACGUCCUCUGAGGCCUAUCAGAAAGAUGCCAGUAUAGCUAACAAAAGCCUCACGCUAGUCGGUUCUGCUAAGGGAAUGCGCGGAAUCUACCGAGGGCCAUAUGUGGAGGAGCCUACCACCGAGGUUUGGAUUAACGUAUGGGAGUCGCUCGAUGCGCACUUGGCUUUCCGCAAAUCACCCUCUUAUCCCGAGUUGGUGGAAGGCGUGAAGGUUUUCUUCGCAUCCAAGCCGGAGAUGGUACACGCAAAUCUCACGACGCCGUGCGAGCGGGCCCUUUCCGCGCCCGCCACCGAGAUUGCGUUUAUAUCUCUCCAAGAAGGAUCUACAAAGGAGGAGCUAGACCCCCUUGUCGCAACUCUAGAGGCGGAGCUGGCCAAGGCUCCAGGAAGCCACGGUAGCUCAUGGGGUUGGUCCGUCGAAAAGGAGGGUGUAUAUGUAGGAGUCGUGGGCUGGGAUAGCGUCGCCGCACACAUCGAUGCUGUGAAGGCUGCUCCGCUCGAUACGGUCAUCCAGCAAAUCAAGAAGGUCGCUGACGUUGCACUUAAACAUGUGCACCUCACGAAGUUCAAGAAUCAGGACUGAUGUCCCAGUCAGCGCUGAUGAGCCAGGGGUUCUGGGUACCAACAAGGGAAAGCUGUACAAUUCAUAAGAAUUGCUAGAAAUAUGUAAUUGUUCCGUAAUGAAGCCACACCAACUUGCAGCGGAGCGUCAUGGGUUAUCGC